GUCGGAUGCAGUUAGUCGAAUCCCGCCGUAAUUUUUAUUAAGUCAUUUCCCGAAAGCACUUUUACACGGCAAUUGAUUGACUUAUUUGGCUAAUAAGUCAUGUUUCAUAAAGUUGUUCCGCAGUAGUCCAUAUCUCAUGAAGAGACGUUCCAGGAAGAGUAAAGCACAGAAUAAGUAUUCUCUUCUAAAUACUGAGGAAGACUCCGAAGAUGGAGCUGAAGAAAACGUUCAUAAGCCUGAGAAAGAAAAACCAAAACAAGAUUCAAAUUCGGAACCACAAGCAAGCUCCUUCGAUGAUAGCUCAUGGAGAGUUGCAGGCAAGGCAGGCAAGAAAAAAGGCAAAGAAAAACCAAAACAUGAUCCAAAUUUGGAACCUCAAACAAGUUCCUUCAAAGACGACACGUGGGCAGUUGCAUCAGGCAAGAAAAGAGGCAAAAAAGGUGCCGAAAAACCUCAACUCAAACAAGAAAGAGAAUGUCAAAGGCCUCAGCCGCAAAAAUGGGUCGAAUCAGAAGCAGGCAGCUCAGAAAUGCGGUUACCUUUACAGAGGACAGCAUGGACCAUACCAUCAAUGGAAUUUACUUCAAACGAAAGUACUACUUGUGGACCAUCUGUCACUAAAGGUGUUGAAAAUACUCAACAAGAGCAUCGGAGAACUCACCAGGUUCCAUGCGAUCAACAAGCAGGAAGUGGUGGUGGGGACGAUGACACACCUGAACCACAGAAUCGGAGACAUAAAGCAGUUUGGGGUGUAUCAUCAAAUAAGCCUGCCUUUGGCCAAUCUUCAAGGAUUUGUCAAAUAGAUGAAGGCCCAAGCACUUCGAAUGCAGCCCCACUGCAUCAAGAGGAAACUCAACCGAAUAUGCAAGUGGUACCACUGGCACAUCCUACACAUUACGAAAUUAACCAGAUGAGGUUAAAACAAGAAAGAGAGCAAAUCGAGAAGGAUUUCUCCAACAUGCAAAUUACACAACCCAGAAAAACUAUCAUUCGAGGAAAAAGAGGACACCCUAUCAAAGUGCUGUCUAAUCACCUAUCGCUAAAUAUUGGUUCUUUGGAGGCAGCAUACCACUAUGAUGUCACAAUUAGUCCAGAUGUGCCUAAAUUGGUGUUGCCAAUAGUGUUUGAACUGUUCCGACAGAAAAAUUUUCCAAACCGUUUCCCUGCGUUCGAUGGCCGUAAAAACAUGUAUACCGCCACCGAGAUGCCGUGGUCCAGAUUUAGUGGUGAGAUUACCGUUCCAGUAGAAGGAAUUGAAAAGGUUUUUUUGAUCGAAAUCAAGUACGCUUGUUUCGUGAAUUUAACCCCACUACAUAAUUUGACUGCUGACCGUCAAUCACCAACUGCUGCUUUGGCAGUGAUUGACAUAGUGCUGAGGCACGCUGCUUCAAAAAAUUGUUGUGUGGUUGGAAGAAGCUUUUUUACUAAACCGCCAUCUAUAAUGGAUCUUGGUAAUGGUAUGGAAAUGUAUCAAGGAUUCUAUCAAUCGGCAAUAAGAGGAGGGAAGUUACUAUUAAAUGUUGACGUAGCUCAUAAGGCAUUUCCAAAAACCCAAUCAGUAAUACAUGCCAUUGAGAAUGUUUGUGCUUCACCAGGUCAACAAUUUUCUUUCCAUAAACCUUUAACUCAAUAUCAGAUAGCACUUUUUCAAAGAUAUAUAAAAAAUUUGAAAAUAUUAUACGAGAUUCCAGGACAAGUUUGUUCAAAGAGGUUUUACCGCGUCAACGGAGUGGACGAACCCUCCAAAAUAAAAACGUUUAAUUGUGGCACAGGAACUUGCACAGUGGAAAGCUACUUCCGGUCUGAAAAAGGAUAUACCAUUAAAUAUCCAAUGAUGCCGACGAUAUGGGUAGGUUCAAAGUCAAGACAGACAAAAAUCUUGUUGCCUCCGGAGUGUUGCACAGUUGUAAGAAACCAGGCUCUCAAUAGAAAAAUGAACGACGCCCAGACUACUCAGAUGAUCAGGCAUGCGACUACAGAUACAAUCACUCGUAUGAACAAGAUUAAAUCAUGCGUCACGACAGCAAACUACAAUGCUGAUCAGGUGGUUAAGGAGUUCGGAUUUUCAGUUGGUUCGACAUUUCAGCAAGUGGAGGGGCGAGUUUUGGAGCCGCCCAAAUUGCUUUACGUCAACAAGGACAACACCAGGAAUGUGGUUUCGGUAUCCAAAGGGGUUUGGGGUACAUGGCCACAAGAUAUUGGAGGAUUUCUGGUGCCUGCUACUGUAAGAAAAUGGACUAUUGCAUAUGUAGAUCGUGUACAACCAAAAGAGCUCGAUGUCUUGGCUGAGAAGAUUUUACAUUUUGGCCGAAAGUUUGGCAUGAAUAUAAGAGAGGCCAAAAGACCAUUUCAACCAGUGGCAAAUACUUUGCCAGAUCUAACACAAUUUUUCUCAAAAAAUAUGUCAUACGAUAUUAUUUUCGUAGUUAUAUCCAAUCAAUCAUCGUCUUAUUCGAACGUGAAAAAGGCGGCUGAGAUAAACGUUGGAUGCCUCACACAAUGUAUAAAAUCGAGAACUGUUACGAAAAUCACUGACCAAAUAGUACUGAAUGUUUUAUUAAAAGUAAACAGCAAAUUAACAGGAAUAAAUCACAGUUUGGCAAGCUCCCCGCCGAUAUUAUCAAAACCAUGUAUGAUAAUGGGGGCGGAUGUUACACAUCCAAGUCCAGAUUCAAUGAAUACUCCAAGUGUUGCCGCUGUGGUUGCAUCGCAUGAACCGAAAGCGUUUAGGUAUAAUAUUUGCUGGAGGCUGCAGAAACCCAAAGAAGAAGUUAUUACGGAUCUAAAACAAAUAGCAAUUGAACAAAUCAUGUUCUUUUAUAAGAAAAACAACGGACAAAAGCCCCACAGAAUCAUGUUUUUCAGAGACGGCGUCAGCGAAGGGCAAUUUAACAUUAUUCAUAACAAGGAAAUACGUGCAUUGCAAGAGGCAUGUAGAGAACUCGAACAAGAUUACGCGCCCAAAAUCACUUUUGUUGUUGUACAAAAACGCCACCACACCAGAUUAUUUCCACUGAAUCGUUGUGAUGCAGAAGACAAAAAUUGCAAUGUUCCAGCUGGCACAUGUGUGGAUGACAUCAUAUCUAAUCCAUGCAUGCAAGAGUUCUAUUUGGUGUCCCAUGCCAGUAUUCAAGGGGUUGCAAGACCAACCAAGUAUUGCACACUAUGGGAUGAUAAUGGUUUCACUAACGACGAUCUAGAGCAACUAGCUUAUUUUCUAUGUCAUAUGUUCACGAGAUGUAACAGGUCGGUUAGUUACCCAGCUCCGACGUACUAUGCACAUUUAGCUGCGGCUAGAACGAAGGUGUACAUUGAAAAUAGAGACCUGAACAUGAACGAUUUGGAUAAGGAACUGCUGAACCACACAAUUAAAGAUCGCAUUAGAAAGGAGUUUCCGAUGUUCUUUGUUUAGUGACAGAUUUAUUAUGAUAACAAUAUUUUCUACUUGAUAUAUAUAUUUUUUUGUUUUA